AUGGCGGCCACGCCCCUCGACUCCGCCUGGGAGCCUUGCUGUCGGGAUCAACGAAUGCAGUGGCUGAUCACCAACUUCAGCGAGUUCCAGCUGGCCACCGUCGUCACCUUCGUCCUCCACGAGAGCGUCUUCUUCCUCUCCGGCUUCCCCUCCCUCCUCUUCGAGCGCCUCGGACUCUUCGCCAAGUACAAGAUCCAGAAGAAGAGCAACACUUCUGCUUACCAGAACAGAUGCGUCAUGCGUCUCAUUCUCUACCAUGUCUGUGUGAAUUUGCCAGUCAUGAUUUUCUCCUAUCCUGCCUUUAAGUUCAUGGGGCUGAGGAGCUCUCUUCCUCUGCCACACUGGACGGUCAUUGUAUCUCAAGUUCUUUUUUAUUUUAUACUCGAAGAUUUCAUAUUCUAUUGGGGGCACAGGGCUCUGCAUACCAAAUGGCUAUACAAGCAUGUCCACAGUGUGCACCAUGAAUAUGCUACACCAUUCGGCUUAACUUCGGAAUAUGCACACCCUGCUGAAAUUUUGUUCCUGGGAUUUGCCACGGUUGUUGGUCCUGCCCUCACUGGCCCUCACUUGUUUACCCUUUGGCUGUGGAUGGUUUUGAGGGUGUUAGAGACGGUUGAAGCUCACAGUGGAUAUCACUUCCCUUGGAGCCCAUCAAACUUCCUGCCACUGUAUGGAGGCUCUGACUUCCAUGACUAUCAUCAUCGUGUGCUCUACACCAAGUCAGGGAACUACGCCUCUACUUUUGUUUACAUGGACUGGUUGUUUGGCACAGACAAGGGCUAUCGCAAGACAAAAGCCAUCGAAGGGGAAGAAGGGAAGCAUUUGUAA